AAAAUAAAAAACAAAAGUGAAUAAUAAUAACAAUGAAUAAAAAGUAAAUUAAAAAAAAUAGACUAAUAAAUAGUAGCAAAAAAAAAGCAAAAAAGAAAGACUCUAGAGCCAAGAUGUGCCACACUGUCCUUAUAACAUCCCCGUCAUGUCUCCUUCCCUCCUCCUCCUAAACCUCCCUUUUCUCCUCCUCUCUCCAGAGGAUGGGCCCAGUGUCCCGGUGCCUGAGGAGAUGUCUCUGGGUCGGCUCCUGCGGCGCGCCUCCUCCAAGGCCUCCGACCUCCUGACCUUUAACCCCGGGGCAGGCGGCUCAUCGAUGCGCUCGGGUCUGGACGGCGAGAUCAUCUUCUCCAAAAACAAUGUGUGUGUUCACCCUGCAGAGCCCCUGCCCGGCCUGGCGGAGCACCACCCAGGUUACCUGUGUGUGCACACGGAGAAGGAUGAGAGCCUGGGCACCACGCUGAUCCUCACCUGGGUGCCCAACUCCCGCAUCCAGAGGCAGGACGAGGAGGCGCUACGCUACAUCACACCGGAGAGUUCUCCGGUCCGCAGGAACGCACGGCGCCGAGGCCGACGACCCCACUCCCGUCACCCAGCAGCCCAGGAGGAAGACGAGGAUGAGGAGAGGAACAUGACGUCUGCAGAGAGCCACGGCCUGGGAGGAGGAGGAGGAGGAGGCGCCUCCUCCCACCAGCAGCAGCAGCAGCAGCAGCUCCUCCCGUCUGCGGGGGAGGAAGGAGACGAGGGCUCCUGCGAGCUGUCUGACGAGGUGAGUCGUGACAGCACCAUGGGCUCCGACUCCGACACCUUCUCCUCGCCGUUCUGCCUGUCGCCCGUCAGCGAGGCGCUCUGCGAGAGCAGCGGCUCCGUCUUCCUGGACAGCGAGAGCAGGGAGCUGUGUGAGGAGUCCAUGACCCACUCUGCAAGCUCCGCCUCCAGCCUGGAUAGCCACGCCCCCUCGGAGAGCGGCGGCCAGUCGCAGGGCGCGCGGUGGGAGGAGCAGCAGAAGGUUCUGGCUCUGGAGCAGCUGUGUGGCGUCUUCAGGGUGGACCUGGGUCACAUGAGGUCGCUCAGGCUCUUCUUCAGUGAUGAGGCGUGCACCAGUGGCCAGCUGGUGAUCGCCAGCAGAGAGAGCCAGUAUAAGAUCCUCCACUUCCACCACGCCGGCCUGGACAAGCUGGCCGAGGUCUUCCACCAGUGGAAGUGCUGCAGGGAAACUCAGCUCAAAGACCAGGUGGCGGAUGAGAAGUCCUGCAUGCAGUUCUCCAUCCAGAGGCCCACCCUGCCGUCGGCGGAGACGCACCCAGAGGAGAAGCUCUACCGCCGGCUGGACGUCACCACCUGGCUACGCCACCUCAACCACAGCGGGCAGGUGGAGGAGGAGUACAAGCUACGCAAGGCCAUCUUCUUCGGUGGUAUCGACCCGUCCAUCCGUGGAGAGGUGUGGCCCUUCCUGCUGCACUACUACAGCUAUGACUCCAGCUCCCAGGAGAGGGAGGCCUGGAGGCUGCAGAAACGCUCCCACUACCACGACAUCCAGCAGAGGAGAUUGUCCAUGAGUCCGGAGGAGCACAGCGAGUUCUGGAGAAAGGUCCAGUUCACCGUGGACAAAGACGUGGUGAGAACGGACCGUAGCAACCACUUCUUCAGAGGAGAGAAUAACCCCAAUGUGGAGAUCAUGAGGCGGAUUCUGCUCAACUAUGCAGUGUUUAACCCAGACAUGGGUUACUGUCAGGGUAUGUCUGACCUGGUGGCCCCUCUUCUGACUGAGAUCCAGGACGAAAGCGACACAUUCUGGUGCUUCGUCGGGCUGAUGGAGAACACCAUCUUCAUCAGCUCGCCGCGUGAUGAAGACAUGGAGAGGCAGCUGAUGUACCUGCGGGAGCUGCUGCGCCUCAUGCUGCCCCGUUUCCACCAGCACCUGACGGGUCUGGGGGAGGACGGCCUGCAGCUGCUCUUCUGCCACCGCUGGAUCCUGCUCUGCUUCAAACGAGAGUUCCCCGACACCGAGGCCCUGCGCAUGUGGGAGGCCUGCUGGGCACAUUACCAGACGGACUACUUCCACCUGUUCCUGUGCGUGGCCAUCAUUGUCCUCUAUGGGGAGGAUGUGACAGAACAGCAGCUCGCCACUGACCAAAUGUUGCUCCACUUCAGCAACCUCUCCAUGCACAUGAAUGGAGAACUGGUGCUACGCAAGGCCCGCAGUCUCCUCUACCAGUUCCGCCUCCUACCCAGAAUCCCUUGCAGCCUACAUGACCUCUGUAAACUGUGUGGCCCGGGGAUGUGGGACAGCCGCUACAUCCCCACUGUGGAGUGUUCUGGUGAACACCCGGACUCUCAGAGCUGCCCCUAUGGAGGCACCUCCACCCCUCAGCCCUCCUCCCCCUCCCUGUCCACCACCCCCUCGCCCUCCCCCAACCCCACCCCCACGCCUCCACCCGAGACCAAGAAAGGCUCCAAAACCCGGGACAUUUUCACCUUCCGGAAACAGUCGUGAGGCGGAGGCUUGUGGGGAGCUUUGCAGGUCUUGGCUCACGUACGUUUAGCGAAAAAGGUUUAGGAUUCCUCAGACUCCUCUCCCCCAAAGUCCCUGCUUCUAGUUUCCCCCAUCUGAAUGAAGGGACAACAUCCUGAGAGAGAAAAGCAGUUAGCUAGGUGUGUUAGCACGGCCUGGAGAAGACCGUUCACGGUCGAAACGUAGCCGGUUUGCACACUUUUUUUUGGGUUUUAGAAUCCUAAGUGAGUAAUUAUUUUAUUUUUUUAAAUACAUUUGUUUUGAAUUUUGACAAGGCCUCUUUGUGUUUUUUGGAUUUUCCUUUUCAAAGUUUUGGAAAGCGCCUUUUUGUUUUUUGUUCUGGAAAAGAACAAAUAUGGAUGGCUGGAUGGAGAUUCGCUAUGGAAGACGCCAGCAGAGAUGGGACCAGGACUACGGGAGGUCCGUCGGGUGGAUGGACCGAGCACCCCCCAAUCCCCUUCUGGAGGUAGGAGACAGUCCCCUACCCAACCCCACCCCCACACCCCCACCGAAAAGCAAGAAAGGCUCCAAAACCCGGGAUAUUUUCACCUUCCGGAAACAGUCGUGAGGCGGAGGCUUGCGGGGAGCUUUGCAGGUCUUGGCUCACGUACGUUUAGCAAAAAGGUUUAGGAUUCCUCAGACUCCUCUCCCCCAAAGUCCCUGCUUCUAGUUUCCCCCAUCUGAAUGAAGGGACAACAUCUUGAGAGAGAAAAGCAGUUAGCUAGGUGAGUUAGCACGGCCUGGAGAAGGCCGUUCACGGUCGAAACGUAGCCGGUUUGUACACUUUUUUUUUGGUUUUAGAAUCCUAAGUGAGUAAUUAUUUUACUUUUUAUUUUACUUUGAAUGCAUUUGUUUUGCAUUUUGACAAGGCCUCUUUGUCUUUUUGGAUUUUCCUUUUCAAAGUUUUGGAAAGGGCGAAAGGCUCCAAAACCCGGGAUAUUUUCACCUUCCGGAAACAGUGGUGAGGCGGAGGCUUGUGGGGAGCUUUGCAGGUCUUGGCUCACGUACGUUUAGCGAAAAGGGGUUAGGAUUCCUCAGACUCCUCUCCCCCAAAAGUCCCUGCUUCUAAUUUCCCCCAUCUAACUGAGGAUUUUUGUCACUUGAUGCUUUCAUGUGGUGCAAUGUGGAACACUGCCUUACCAGAAUGUUAUCCAGCAUCACAUGAAUCCACGAUGAGGACGGUUUGCUGCUGCACGGACUGAAAGUCAAGAGGCCGCUUUCCUCUCGGAGCAGAACGGACAAUCACCAGGCGCUAUGUGGGUCUGGAGCUACUUCAGGUUCAAGUCUGCUGCUGGCUUGGCAAACUUCCACAGGUUUUGUGGGCAGGGGUCACAUCAGGGUCUGAGGCAACCAGCCUGAAUCCGUGCAGGACUCUGACCGCGGGUCACAUGAAACUGGAGAUUCAUUCACGGGACUUGAACUUGAACUUUCAAAAAAAUGUUGCCGUGUUCUCACAAUGGAAUAUUUGUGUGAAUAUCAAAUUACGUGUGCAUUUCUCAAGUCUGAGCAGGACAUUUUUAACAUGAAAUCCGAACCCUCUGUGUUAACCCUUUGCUGCACAGCAUAUUGACACCCCUUCUAAUGCACAACAUUCAUUCCCCAUGUUAUUUAAUGCUGCUGUGUGUUUCUUUGCUCUAUUCUUUGGUAUCAACUUAUUUUAUGAUUGAAUAUUCCAAGUAUUCUUUAAAUAUCUUGUUUUUGAUAAACAACAGAUCAUUAUUUCCAUUUUGCCUCUCAUACUUUAUGAAGAAAAAAAGUUUUUGAAUUAUUACAUAGCUAACUACUUGGCUAAGUA